AUGGAGGAGCCUGACCCAGAGCCAGGCCCAAGCAGUGUGUCCUUGAAGAGAGAGAGGUCUAUGGAGUCUCCCAUCAGCUUCACAGAAGAGCACCCCACUGAGCAGCCUGGGGAUUGUAGAAAAAUGGAGCAGUCUGAUCCUGCAUCGGGGCCCAAAGGUUUGUCCAUGAAGAGUGAUCAUUCUAUGUCACAUGAUUUGGACUUCAGUAAUGAGCAACCAGCUGUUAUUACAGAAGAGGGAAGAGACCUGAGACCUGAGGAUCUUUAUGGACAGCAGCCCGAUACACAGGUGUAUACUGUGUUUAAGCAACUGGAGGAAAGCAUUAUUGCUUUUGUUAGAGAAGAACUGAAGAUGUUCUACAAGGCCAUCCACACAGCACAGCCCCCACAGAGUGAAGCCCGUGAAGAGGCGAGGAGUAAAGAGGCUUUACUGAAGAUCACUGUAGACUUCCUCAGGCGGAUGAAGCAUGACGAGAUAGCUGAUCGAUUGGAGAGCAGUAUCUAUUAUGGAGAGACUCGGCAUGAACUGCAGUCUAUGCUGAAGCAAAAGUACCAAUGUGUGUGGGAGGGUGUCCCCAAACCAGGAAACCCAACACUUCUGAACGAGAUCUACACAGAGCUCUACAUCACAAAGGGAGGGACAGCAGGGGUCAGUGAUGAGCAUGAAGUUAGAUUGAUUGAAGAUGCUUCCAGGAAACGAGCCACUCCACAAACCACCAUCGCACGUAAGGACAUUUUUAAACACCGUGUCAGAAGAGGAAGUGGAGAUAGACAAGCACAGGUCAGAACAGUACUGACAAUGGGAAUGGCCGGUAUCGGGAAAACGGUGCUGACUCAGAAGUUCAGUCUGGACUGGGCUGAAGGCAGGACCAACCAGGACAUCCAGCUGCUGUUCCCGUUCACCUUCAGAGAGCUCAAUCUGCUCAAAGAUGAACAGAUAAGUCUGGUAGGACUUGUGCAACGCUUUUUUAGUAAGUCUGUAAAACUCUGCAGUUCUAAAAACGUCCACGCUGUCUUCAUCUUUGAUGGUCUGGAUGAGUGCAGACUUUCUCUAGACUUCACCAAAACUGUGACCGACCCUUCAGAACUCAGCUCUGUGGGUGUGCUGAUGGUAAACCUGAUUAAGGGGUCUCUGCUUCCCUACGCUCGCAUCUGGAUAACCUCACGACCUGCAGCAGUCAAUCAAAUCCCAGCUGAGUGCAUCUCCAUGGUGACUGAGGUGAGAGGGUUUGCAGAGGUACAGAAGGAGCAAUACUUCAGGAAGAGGUUCAGAGAUGAGCAGAUGGCCACAGUGGCCAUCUCACACAUUAAGAAGUCCCGCAGUCUCCACAUGAUGUGCCAGAUCCCAGUGUUCUGCUGGAUCACCUCCACAGUCCUGGAGGAUGUGAUGAAGAGUGGAGAUACUGACCAGCUGCCCCACACUUUAACUAAAAUGUACCUCCACUUACUCGUGGUUCAGGCUAAAUUAAAGAAUGUGAAGUAUGACAAACUGUCUGAGACAGAUCCAGUGUGGACUUCAUCAAACCGCACAAUGGUGCUGUCUUUGGGCAAACUGGCCUUUGAGCAGCUGAAGAAAGGAAAUCUGAUCUUCUACGAGUCUGACCUGGUUGAAUGUGGUCUGGAUGUUGAGAACGCCUCGAUGUACUCUGGUGUGUUUACUCAGGUCUUUAAAGAGGAGUCAUGCUUGUACCAAGAUAAAGUCUACUGCUUUGUUCAUUUAAGUGUCCAAGAGUUUCUGGCUGCUCUUCAUGUCCAUGUCACAUUUGUCAACACUGGAGUCAACCUGCUGAAGAAACAACUCUCCCUUAUUAACAAAUUGUUUACACAAAGCAAAUGUGAUUUACAUCAGCUCCAUCAAACAGCUGUAGACAUGGCCAUGCAAAGUCCAAAUGGGCAGUGGGACUUGUUUUUGCGCUUUCUUUUAGGUCUAAAACAUGUGUCCAAUAACAAGCUUUUGAUGGAUUUCCAGAAGAAUCAUAUCUCUUAUUGUUUGGAUUUUCAAACAGUUGCCUAUAUCCACGAAAUGUUAAACAGAAGUCUUUCUGCAGAAAAAAGCAUGAACUUGUUUCACUGCUUAAAUGAACUAGGAAAUAAUUCUCUUGUGAAAUCAGUCCAAAAAUGCAUGAAUGAUGGACAUUUCCCCAGAAGAGCACCACCCCACAUGUGGUCAGGGCUGGUUUUCUCACUGUUGUCAUCAGAUGAUGAUCUAAGUGUCUUUGACCUGAAGAGAUACUCUUCUUCAGAAGAAGCUUUGCUCAGGCUUCUGCCAGUGGUCAAAGAAGCCCAUACAGCCAUUUUGGCUUGUUGUAACCUGUCCUUUGAGAGCUGCUGCUGUCUGUCAUCAGUCCUGACUUCAACACCCUCAUGUCUCCGACUCUUAGACAUCAGUAAUAAUGAUCUGUCUGACAGUGGAGUGGAGCAGCUGUGUGAGGGACUCAAAAGUGAGGAGUGCAGACUGGACACACUCAGGCUGUCAGGAUGCCUGGUCUCAGAGAAAGGCGGGGCUGCUCUGGUCUCUGCUCUGAGCUCCCCCUCCUCUCAUUUGAAAGAACUAGACCUGAGUUUCAAUCACCCUGGAGCCGUAACUACAGAGAACCUGACUGCUCUACAUGAGGACCCCCACAGCCCCCUUAAGAUUCUCUGGGUGGAGCCUGCUGGGCAACAAUGGCUAACCCCAGGUCUUAGAAAAUAUUUACGUGACCUCACCCUGGAUCCAGACUCGGCACACAGACAACUUAAGCUAUCAGAGGACAAUCGCAUGGUGACUAUGACAAAAAGGAACCAACUGUUCUUAGAUCACCCCAAUAGGUUUGACUCCUGUCGACAGGUCCUCUGCUCCACUGGUUUAACAGGACGCUGUUACUGGGAGGUGAACUGGGAGGAAGGGAACAGUGGUUGGGAGAUUGACUUAGCAGUGAGUUACAAGGGGAUUGGGAGGAAAGGUGGCAGUGGUGAAAGUGGGUUUGGUGUCAGUGACCAGUCAUGGUGUUUGAGAAUUUCCACAGGGGGUUACUCGGUUCUCCACGAAGGCAGACAGAUCCCAGUUUCGUCCUUGUACUCCAAUACAGACACAGUGGCCAUGUACCUGGACUUUGCAGCUGGAUAUCUGACCUUCUACAAGAUUGCUGAAGAUGACCUGGUUCAUUUACACACCUUCACCACUACCUUCACUGAGCCUCUGUACGCUGGCUUUGGGUUUGGCCUGUGGUCUUCUGGUGUUUCAGUGUCUUUUGGGGCUGAUGCAGAUGAAUAA